UGAGUCGUCACAUCCUGCCAUCAUCUACGGGACAAUCCCAUAUAACGGCAACAAAACAAAACUACAGUAUGGAAGACGAAAUCGAUUGGGGUUUCAGGUCGCAAAGACCACGGAGAGGACUCGAUCACGAUUUCGCACCACCGCAAUCACCACAACUUGCGGAGCUGGACAGACAAAAUAAGCGGCGGUGGAUCCACGCCGACCCCGACAUCGAGGGCAACGACCAUGACCGGCAGGUGGUCCACGCAGGGCAUUCUCCAGCUCCUCCACGUCCCAAAAAAGCAUCCCAUACGACGCGAUUGCCCGGUGCACUCUAUCUUGAUGAUGGCAAUCAAUCUGGGGACCGUGACAGGGCCGGUUUGGUCAUUCCGGAAAGGGGCCUGGCUGGCAAUUCCGGUCGUACCCGACGCAAAAAGUCAAAGGAAAUGCCCCAAACCGUGUGCAACCCCGAUCGGCCGGUCAACUUUCAUGUGCAGCUCAGAUUGCCAAUUUCUCUAGACCUGGAUGAGGAGUUGUGCGAACUGGGGCGUCUCAGACGAGUGGGUGAUUUCAGAGCGGCCAAGACCUUCUUCGGCAGCAGAUUGGAAGAGCACAUCAGCAACCCGUACGUAUUUAUUCAGUAUGCAGACCUCCUACUGGCCAUGGAGGAUUACAAGUCUCUCAAGUCACUGCAGCCCCCGCCCAUGUUCGGUGUCAGCAUAGAGGAGGAAGGAAUCUUUCGGUCUCGUCGGCAGAAGCAAUUGAACACGGACGAUUUCGAGGACUACUGGUUGGGCUUGGAUCCCUCGAAUGAGGAGAAGAUGCUUGGUUGGAAUUGGAUGCUCAUAAAAGCUCUUGCGUUGGUCCACACAGAAGACUGCGCCUCGGGUAUUUUGCGAUCCCUGCGUGAUGCAUUUUCAAAGCUGCCUAUUAGAGACGAUCCGGGCUCGACAGAGGUGCAGAUUAUGGUCCUGUCUUUCAAGUUAUACAUCGCUGCACUCAACUCUCCCGCCCAUCAGAAGAACUUGGGAUCAUUACGAGAAGGGCUUCUCGGCUGGGUAGAUUUUGAACGCAUAUAUGCCAAUUUAUCAACACAGAACCGUCACUGGGACUGCUGUGACCUAAAGACAGUAGACUCCAUAGCAUUUGGCUAUAGACAAGACUGGAACUGGGCACGAAAUAUCCCAGGCACCGAUAGGUUCAAUUUUAACUUUACCGGACAGUGGGAGGAGCUCGACCACGACGAGGCGAGCCUCCUCGCAUGUCUCGAUCAGACGACAUCCAUCGUUAUGGCACUCUUCACCGCCAAACCUUACUCCAUCGUCUACAUCAGGCGGUCGGCAAGCAUGGUGGCUCUGAUGAACACCGCCGCCGAGCUGCUCAAGCGCCACUACCCUGCCGCCAUGAGGAGCCGGCCAUUCAUCCGGUGGCUGAUACUGUCGUCCCAAGCCGCGGGAGAAAAGUCGGACGAGCUGAGGAACCUCGAGCAAGGAAAUGCCUGGUGGGGUCUAUUCCACAACCUAGCAGCAAACCCCGGGUUCGUGGCGCUCUCCUGGAGGGACGGCAUCAACCUCCCCAUCUACAUACCUCGCGGCAUCGAGGUUCCAAAGUGGGACGCGCUCGAGAACCCACCCCGAAUCAACGAGGCGUUGCACCUCGCCCUCAACCUCGCCAGGGAAAUGGACGACUACCCCACGCAGGCCAUCUGCUACAAGCUGCUCGCACUCAGAUCCAAGGAGCCCAGACCGCUGCUGGAGAGCCUGUGCCGUCUGCAAGAAGCGCACGGGGACCGCAGCGAGUACCUCAAGACGUUGCUAUCGAGCUUCAUAGGGCUGGACGACGUGCAAUCGGAGAAGCGGCUGCUCGACAAGCUUACCGACUUCCGGGACACGUUUCACGUGAGCGUAUACGUUCGGGCCGAUAUCGACGUGUACUGGGCCCACGAUGUUAUCAAACGCGCGCUCAGGUACAGGGUCGACGGCCGCCACCAGGAGGACAUGAUGGGAUGGGUGGACGCCGACUACGUCCGGUUCCUGUCCAAAGAAGCGUCGCACUUUGUUGCCUCGGUCCGGGCUGGAAGGCGUUCCUUGGUACAUUUCAGACCUGAGCGGCAGCAUGACAUUUCUCCUCCGGCCCCCGCUCCAGUGAGCGACACGAGGUUGCAAAGGGCUUCAUCUGCCAUGGUUGAGAAUGAAGGUAGUCAACGGGAGGAGGUUGAGGCGGAUGAUGAGUCGGCCAGGGAGGUGUUGCUAAGGAAAGAAAGAUUGAUCAGGCAGAUGGCUCGGUUGAAGGCCGCCAGGGAGGAGGAAGCCUUACGGGCGGCGAUGCCGAAUAAGGAAAACGACGACGCCUUGCUUAGCGGCAGGGAAUAUCCUCGCAGGGUUACAUCACCACACGACUCGGACAAUAAACACUCGGACGAUGCAGCGGCAAAAGACCGACAGGUCAUUUUGUGGAAAGGCGACUACAGAAACCACGGGCAGUGGCUUGCCCUCAACAGAGGGGAGCUAGAUCCAGCAGAAUACUAUCGCAAAUGGGCAGUCCGGAAUCCAGACGCGGCCCGAGGAACUGGGGGGUCGGAGCCAUUUUUAGAACGAGAGCGGGAACGCCGUGACACUGACUCGCGGCGAGGAUCGGAUGAUUCAGAGAAUGAGUCCCCGCUUGUAGCUCGGAUCAUGCGCCGCCGCAUGCGACGCAGGUACAGCUCUUCAAGUGGUUCAGAAGGAGGGGAUGGCCCUGUCGGCCGGGGUAACAGAUAUGAAAACCACAAGGACUUGGACCUAAUCAACAAACCGGAGAGCAACGACCACGAGGAUCCUCGCAGAACCUCGCUUGCAACCAAAGUAUCUGACUCUCGAGCAAUCAGUCAUGGGGAAUAUCCUGCAGAGCCAACUGAGAUGGGCGCGCCCAAGGAGGCUCCUUCCACUGAGGAAAUACCCACGACUCCUCGCGACAGGCAGCAACCACAGACGUCCAUGUACCCUCACCCUGCCUCCAUGCAGCACUUCACGGCUUCCUCGGAAGCUGAACGGCAAAGCGUCACAUCCACCGAAUCUGGAUCGAGGUCUAGGCGUGCGCGGGUCGAUGACGACCCGGAUUCGGAGGAGACAUGGAGAAGGCGAGGAAGCCAAGACAGCCACCCAUAUAACCCCCCGGGAAGACCUCAAAACAAUACCUUACGGUAUAGCUCGUACCAAGAACAAGACACAGUGACAAACGUCACGGAUCCCACACCCAAAGGACGGUACGCAGGCCCAAGGGCUGUGCGGUGGGAAGACCUGCAGCGGGAGAGGCAAAACGACCGCAUUGAGAACAGGGCGCCAUCAACCGUGGCGUCUGACCGGCUCUCCUAUUCAUCCUUUCCUGAAGCGUCAGUACCGCGCACCGCGAAUUUAAUGAAGCAGCGUACUAGACCCAGCGUCACAAUAUUGCCACAACCACCACCCCCAUCCCCACCCCUGACAGAAACCCAAACUGAGGCGUCGAGCUCAAGGGACGGUGUACAAAGGCCGUACCCUCGCCGCAGGAGACCGAGCGUCCCGGUGACUGAUACAGCGGUAGGAGCUACCACCGAGGUUGAUGCAGCAAGUCUGCCAAAUGUCCGAGGACGAGGUGGAGGCUCUGUAGGGAGCAGACGUACUCCAGCAAGCUCGGAGGGCCGCUACGAGAGAGAUGAGUAGAUUUCGUAUGUCUCUAAUCGAAACAUCCGUAACACUUUUGUUUAAAAAGCAACUGUACUCACCCCCGUCCCGGCCACUCUCCGCACCUCACAAAAAGACACUCAGAACAAAGACCGCAAGUUUUGGGUAUGUUCCAAAGACUUUUGGGUAUAUUCCAAAGACAGGCAGACCGGCUGUGGCUCUUUCCUUUGGGACGAUGACGCCGUCUUUUUGCCUCCCGCCAGGCGUAACGCUGGAGGAAGAGGAUGAGAAGGUGAAGGCUAUUGGGGGGGAGCAGGUUAGGAGCUUGGUAGAUUGAGCGGAUUUAGGCCCACUGGAAAGCUUGUUUGGGAGGGUUGAAGGUGUGUGGAUACCAGACAAGGGACAUGGGGACAGGUGAGCAUGGCUUUGGCAUGGUAUAUGUCAGUAAUGAACCCUUGUUCCAAGCUUCUUAAUACCUAUUGUUAGAUCUUCGCAUAUCUUUAAUAAUUGACAG